GCACAGCUAUUUGCAUCUCAUCUGGAAGUUCAGAGUCACAUACACAACAAAGAAACAAAAUGCUGAAUGAGUCUCUGGAAACUGGACAGAUGACGUUUACUUUGGCACGUCUUGAGGCCUUGGAGAUCUGCCUGAAGGAAGCGGAAGAAAAGGCUAAAGUCUUAUCGGAGCAGCUUUCAGCCUCCGAAGGAACAAAGUCAAAGCUGCUUGAGCAAGUUACCUGGCUGGAGGGAAAACUAGAGGCUCUGGACCACAAGGAGCACAGUGAGGAGCCAUAUAAAAAAAUGGUUCUUGAAAAAGACAAGCACAUUGAGAAAUUACAAGCUGAAGUGAAAGCUUUCCAGGAGCAACUCGCCACCCAGAAACUAAAGCACAAAAGGAAACUGAAAAAGCUACAAACUGAUUUGGCAACAGUUAAGCAAGAUGCUGCCAUCACAAUCUUGGAACUCAAUGAGAAGAUAAAGACUUUGUGUGAAGUAAGGACAGCCCCUAGAGAAGACAACUCACCGGAAGAGUCCUGUGGCGGUGUCCCCCCUGUGGAAGAAUGUGAUCAAAAAAUGAGCCUGAUUAUGGAGUUGUCUACCCAGGUGACUCUUCAGACUGGGAAGAUAACUGAGCUGGAAGAAGUUUUAGAGGAAAAGGAAAGAAAGAUUCAGCAGCUGGAAGCCCAGCGGUGUUCCCGUCUUUUCCAAGAGGUCAAAGACUUCCCCAAAUGUUUACAAGAAGCCCCAAUCUUCUUUAAUAAUAGCAUUACUCCUGUGGUCUCUGAUGAGGAUAUGUAA